AUGACGGUUACUGCGCUCGCAGACAUUAUCAGGAGGCAAGCGGAAAUACUCGAGACCAGUCUUCCGCGGCACGCUUACACCGAUUACCAUGGCGAUAAAAGCCUCAGCAUCGCGAGGUCAAAACUCCUCGAGGCCUGCGAUAAGCUGAACCAUCUCGUUACCGAUGUAAUGGGCAUAGCCCAAGGCCACCGCGUGCACGCGGCCCUGCAAUACGUGUGCCACUUCCGGCUAGCGCACUUCGUGCCGGCGGACGGCACGCCGAUCCCGUACGCGGAGCUCGCGCGCGCCGCGGGCGUCGACGCCUCCCAGUGCGCCCGCGUCCUGCAGCUGCUCAUGACCUACCACAUCUUCCGCGAGCCGGGCACCCGCAUCGUCGCGCAUAACCGCAACUCGCGCGUCCUGCUCGACGAGGACACCGGAGCCGCCGUCGAGUGGCUGACCCAGGAGUCGUUGCGGUCGAGCGCUUUUUUUACUGAGGCUAGGGCUAUGAGUACUAGGCGGUGGUCCACCGGGGGCACGGGAGGCGUGGGGUUAGACGACGUUGCUAUUGAUUCGGGGAGAGCGAGAGCGGAGACCGCGCUUGGCCUUGCGCCUGGGGCCGUGGAUCAGCCUGCUUUUGGGUUCAUUACGCAGCAGCGCCAGACGACCGAGGAGUCUAUGAAAGCGGAUCGAUAUGCGCGCGCUAUGGCGGGUAUGGCGAAGCGGAGGCAGCUUAGCGCAGAGCAUCUGGUGUCCGGGUUCGACUGGGCGGGUCUGCCUCCUGGCUCAACCGUGGUUGAUGUAGGGGGCGGCAACGGGCAUUGCUCAAAAGCCGUCGCGUAUUGCAACCCGACUCUGAAGUUCAUAGUGCAGGAUGCGAAUGCGGCGUUCGCUGAACAGGUAGGCGUGGAUGAACUAGGAGACCGCCUGCAGUUCAUGACCUACGACUUCUUCACGCCGCAGCCUGCAACGGGAGACGUUUAUCUGCUUCGACGUAUACUGCACCAUCAUUCGGACCAGGAUGCUGUGCGUAUCUUACAGGCGCAGCUCGGCGCUGUAAGGAAGAAACCGAGUUCCAGGAUCGUGGUUAUGGAUAAUAUUGCCAUUCAUAGCGGCACGCUGAGUACGCUUGAGGAGCGCAAGACUAGGACCCUAGAUAUCGCGAUGAUGGCCCUGUUUAAUAGCGUUGAGCGCGACUUGAAGGACUGGAAAGAGCUUUUCAGGAUGGCAGACCCUCAACUUAAGCUCGUCAACGUUACGAGCCCGAUCGGUAGCGCUCUGGCUGUGAUGGAACUUGCGUUGGAGCAGACCUAA